GGAGGAGGAGGUGCCGGAGCGGCUGGAGAGGAGGAGAUCAGCCCCGAGGAUGACCAGAGAGCCAACCGCACGCUGUUCCUGGGCAACCUGGACAUCACCGUGAGCGAGUCGGACUUGCGGCGAGCGUUCGACCGUUUUGGGGUCAUCACUGAGGUGGACAUCAAGAGGCCAGGGCGUGGGCAGACCAGCACCUAUGGGUUUCUUAAGUUUGAGAAUCUGGACAUGGCGCACCGGGCCAAGUUGGCCAUGUCGGGGAAGGUGCUGCUGCGCAACCCCAUCAAGAUCGGGUACGGGAAAGCCACCCCGACCACCCGGCUCUGGGUGGGUGGCCUGGGGCCCUGGGUGCCCCUGGCCGCCCUGGCCAGGGAGUUUGAUCGGUUUGGCACCAUCCGUACGAUCGAUUACCGCAAAGGGGAUUCCUGGGCCUAUAUCCAGUAUGAGAGCCUGGACGCGGCGCAGGCAGCCUGCACCCACAUGCGGGGGUUCCCCCUGGGGGGGCCGGAUCGCCGGCUCCGCGUAGACUUUGCCGCUUUUGGGGCUCACCGGGGAGCCCCCCCUGACCCCCUCCGGGGGGCCCGGGACAGGACGCCACCGUUGCUCUAUAGAGACCGUGACAGAGACCUUUAUCCCGAGACAGAGUGGGUGCCCCCACCACCCCCUGUGCGGGACCGGAGUAAUCGGGCAGCUGCCUACGACCCACUGGAAAGCCUGGAGCGCCGUCGGGAUGGGUGGUCCUUGGAGCGGGACCGCGGGGAGAGGGAGCUGGGCAGUAGCAGUAGGGAUCAGCCUAGGAAACGGAGACUGGCGGAGGAUGGAGGCCGGCACUUGGACCGUUCCCCUGACAGCGAGCGCUCCUCUUCCUCCCGAAAGCGCCACUGCUUGGCCACAACCUCUCCCCCGGACCGCAGCCCCGAGCUCCUCGGAGGCCGGGAGCGUUACAGUAGUGACCCUGAGCGCUCAUCCCGCUUGCUCCUCUUGGAGCGGCCUUCCCCCAUCCGGGAGUCCCGCCGGGGCAGCCUGGAGCGGGGGCAGAACGAAAAGCGAGACCGCAAGAAUUCCGCGGAGCGGGAGCGCAAGCAUCGCGCCGCCGCCGCCCAGGAGUGCAAAAGUCCGGCCAAAAAGGACGAGCGGGCGGCGGAGGGAGGUGGCGGAGGCUCCCGGCUCAAACCUCCUCCCCAGAAACAGCAGCAGGACGGAGCAGCGCAGGCCGGGGCAGCGCCCAAGCUGUGCCUGGCUUGGCAGGGGAUGCUCCUGCUGAAGAACAGCAACUUCCCGUCCAACAUGCACCUGCUCCAGGGGGACCUCGGAGUCGCCAGCAGCCUCCUCGUGGAGGGAGCGACUGGGGGGAAAGUGGCUCAGCUCAAGAUCACCCAACGUCUCCGUCUGGACCAGCCCAAGUUGGACGAGGUCAACCGGCGCAUCAAGGUGGCGGGUCCCAACGGAUACGCCAUCCUUCUGGCCGUGCCCGGCGCCUCAGACAACCGCUCCGCAGCCGGAGCUGCCGAGGCCGCCACCACCUCCACGCAGAGGCCACUCAGGAAUCUGGUGUCCUACCUAAAGCAAAAGCAGGCUGCUGGGGUGAUCAGCCUCCCUGUGGGGGGGAACAAAGACAAGGAGAACAGCGGGGUCCUGCACGCCUUUCCGCCCUGCGAUUUCUCCCAGCAGUUCCUGGACUCCACGGCCAAGGCGUUGGCCAAAUCAGAGGACGACUAUCUGGUCAUGAUCAUUGUCCGUGGGGCAUCCUAAGGCCCUCCUGUUCUGUUCCCAACCCUACCUACUCCUCCAUGCAGCCCCUCCAGCGUGUGCCAGGUGCUAUGGGAUACCGCCUUAGCCAGCCCUGUCGUUAUUUUAAAUAGAUCUUUGUUUUUAGGUGACUUUCCCAGCCCGAUUUUCUGUUACUACAUUUUUCUAUAAAGGUAGAAACCAGAGAGGUUGGUUAGGAGUAGUGUGAAUAGAAUAUUUUGAGAAUUCCCUAUCAGCGGGGACGGCAGGGAGGCUCAGCCUGCUAUGAUUUACAGAAAAUAGAAAAAAUAAGAAA